AUGCCGCAAGUUGACAUUCUCUUCGUAUCAUAUCGUAGCAGAGCAAAAUUCCCAUCGAUGGCAGUUAGGAUGAUUCGAGGGCAGCAGCAUAACGGGAAACCUCUGUCGGGCCUUGAUAGUAAUCAGCGCGCCAGUUAUUAUGAAGUUAUCGAAAGUUCUAUUGUUGGGAUUCCAGUCCCCAGGUGCUUGGCAGGGGUUCUUGUUGUGGGACAUCAUCUUCAUUUCCUUUCCAGUGAUUGCAAGCGAGGGCAUGGCUUGGGUCUGAGCGCAGAUGAUGCCAUGAUCGAGCAACAAGUUCCGAAUUUCGCAAAAAUAAGAAAGAAAAAGGGAAGUGGGAGUUUUGACGUGGUUUUUGGUGGAUAUCCGUUUAACGGGCCUAGGUCCAAUUCUCACAUGAAGGUUGAUCCACGUCUGACAAAGAUUGAUAAGUGA